ACCACCACCACCACCACUCCUCUUCCGUUUCCUCUCCUCCUCCUCCUCCUUCUCUCCUCCUCGAUUCAAAACCAAAAUCAAAUCAAAAAAGAAAAAAAAAGGUGAAAUCCCUCACGCCUCGCGUCGCCGCGCCGCGCCGGGCCACCGCGACGGGGCGCAGAUCCCACCGCCGCAAUGCCCGCGACCCCCGACGACGACCCACCGGCGGCGGCGAGCGAAGCCCCGUCGACCUCCUCCGCGGCGGCGGAUGAGGACGACCGCGUCUUCCUCGUCCUCCACAGGUGGUGGAGGGAGGCGCAGGAAGGGGGAGGGAUCGAGGCGGCCGGGGUGCCGUACGCCGCGGCGCCGUCGGGCCCGACCUCCUACGGCAUCGGCAUGAAGGUGCUCAGCAUGUUCAUCUCCGACCAGGCCUUCACCCUCCGCCGCGCCGACGACCUCCUCCAGCCCGACGCCUCCGCCUCCAACGCGGCCUCCUCCAGGACCUACGCCCUCGUCGCCGCCGACCUCUUCUCCAAGGCGCGCGCCUGGCAUAUUGAUUCUGGCAAGAAUGCGGGGAAAAAAUCAUUGUCUAUCGAAGAAGGAUCUGUAAACAUUUACCCUAUAAUGCUCAGAGUUUCAGUCACGCGAGAUACAAAUGCACUAACCGUGAAGAUCAGCAAAAAGGAUAAUUCUGCUGAGAACUUUAAACGGGCAAACAAGAUUUUGACUUCAGACUCUGAGCCGGUUCAUAUAUGGGAUUUCUCUGGACGAACAACUUUUAUAUUGAUGAACGAAUGGAAUCGAAUGCCCCAAGACACUCGGUCUUCUGAUCAGGAGAUGCCUCUAGAAAUACACUUCUAUGAUCUGUCAGAACCUACGGCAAAUGGUACCAAUGGGAAAAAAGAUGAGUUAGCAUUAACAAUGAGUCGUUCAAUGAGCAACGGCAGCAUCAUGGGCAUGGAUCUGGAUUCAAGUGGAAGCUCUAAGCAAGUUGGCACUGGUUUAAUAGGACUAGACAAUCUUGGAAACACAUGUUUCAUGAACAGUGCAGUGCAGUGCUUAGCUCAUACAUCCAAGCUGGUUGACUACUUCCUUGGAGACUUCUAUAAAGAAAUAAACCAUAAUAACCCACUGGGGUUGAAGGGUGAGCUUGCGUAUUCAUUUGGGGAUUUGUUGAGGAAGCUAUGGGCUCUGGACAGGACCCCUGUUGCGCCUCGCCAAUUUAAAGGAAAGCUUGCGCGCUUUGCCCCCCAGUUCAGUGGCUUUAAUCAACAUGAUUCCCAGGAGCUUCUGGCUUUCUUGUUGGAUGGACUCCAUGAGGACUUGAAUCGAGUGAAAUGUAAACCAUAUUCUGAAGCAAAGGAUUCAGAUGGCCGUCCAGAUGAAGAGGUCGCAGAUGAGUACUGGGGAAACCAUAUAGCCCGGAAUGAUUCUAUCAUAGUUGAUAUCUGCCAGGGUCAAUACAAGUCGACGUUAGUUUGCCCUGAUUGCAGGAAAGUAUCUGUAACAUUUGACCCAUUCAUGUACCUGUCUUUGCCCCUGCCUUCAACAACUAUGAGAACAAUGACUAUAACAGUCUUCAAUACCGAUGGGACUACUGGGCCAUCUCCGUAUACUGUGAGUGUACCGAAAUCUGGAGAUACAAAGACUCUUAUCGAUGCAUUAAGCAUUGCUUGUUCCUUGAAAGGCGACGAGCGCCUUUUGGUUGCUGAGGUCUACAAUAGUGCACUUAUCCGGUACUUGGAGGAACCUUCUGAAGUCAUCUCCUUGAUCAGAGAUGGAGAUCGCUUGGUUGCAUAUAAACUUCCAAAAGACAGUGAAGAUGCUCCAAUAGUGGUGUUCAGAAACCAACGGAUGGAGUCCACCCUCACUAGUUUUGGCAGAAAAUCCUGGAAGUCUUUUGGUACACCCCUUGUGUCAAGUCUUCCUGACACAAUCAAUGGGAGUACGAUCUUUGAGCUUUACCAAAAGGUUAUGACUCCAUUCCGAGUACCAAAAGAUGAUAGUUCAGGUGCUGACCACAUAAUUGGCAAAAGCAGUCCUGUGGAGGAAACCACGGACGUUGAUAUGAACUCUGAUGCAACAGAGUCAACCAGCAUAAACAAUAACGAUUGUGACGAUGAAACAAUGACUGAAGAUGGAAUGCAAUUUUACUUUAUCAAUGAGAGGUUUCCAGACCAACGCAUGAAGAUAGAAAUGGACCAACCUAUUAGACUUACUGCUUCACAGAAGCGACUGCAUGUGGUUGUGUGUUGGCAGGACAAUGGACUAGAGCAAUACAAUUUUAGUUCUUUAGAUAAUCUUCCAGAGAUCUACAAGGCUGUCCUAUUCUCAAGGAGACCACAGGAGACAUGUUCUCUAUAUGCAUGCCUUGAAGCUUUUAUAAAGGAGGAACCGUUAGGCCCAGAAGACAUGUGGUAUUGCCCAGGCUGUAAAGAGCAUCGCCAAGCUAGUAAGAAGUUAGACCUUUGGAGGCUACCGGAAAUCCUUAUAAUACACCUGAAAAGAUUUUCAUACAGUCGAUAUACCAAAAACAAGCUAGAGACAUGUGUGGACUUCCCGGUUCAUGAUCUUGACCUUUCAAAGUAUAUCGGUAGCAGGGGGCAACAGAUUUCCAACCACUAUCGACUGUAUGCUAUUAGUAAUCACUAUGGAAGCAUGGGAGGUGGUCACUAUACUGCAUAUGUUUAUCAUGAAGGUAAGAAAGGGUGGUAUGACUUUGAUGACCGUCAUGUGGGUCCUAUAAGCGAGGAGAGUAUAAAGACAUCGGCAGCUUAUGUUCUUUUUUAUAGGCGGAUACAGGGGGAUGAUAAUAGGUUAGAUGAUACAGAAACAGGAAUAGAUUCUUCUGAUUGUACAACAUGAGUAGUGUCGGCGGCUUUCUUUCGAGUCCUUCCAGACAUUGUAUAGGGCGAUUGGUCGGGGAGACAGUUUUGGUGCGCUGCUGCAAGGAUCCAAAGCGGCUGAUCCGAGAGUUUAAGGUAAGAAGUAAGAUGGAGAGGAGCAGCAGCAGCAGCAGAAACCGUCGUUUUUGCUGCAUCAUGGGACAACAAGGGUGGGAAGAAUUGAAGGGAGGGUGAAAACUGAAAAGGAACGGAGACAAGAAAGUAACAGAUGGGAAGAUGGAUCUGCUUGUCAUGGAAUAUGUGGGUACGAAGAAAAGGCGAUGUGAAGAGGAGAAGCCGACAGACCAGAGAGAGCAGCUAAACUGUUGUAGUAGGUUUCGAUAUACCUGAUACAUGUGUUUCCUCAGCCCAAAGAUUUUUUCUAGGGCUGAGAAAGGGAGAUACAGAAUUUGUCGUCGUUGUAGUUCCCUUGCUGCUGCUGCUAACUCGUUUCUUUCUUUUUCCUUUUUGUUUCUCCAUUGACUUGUCUUGUAAAACUGGUCCUGAUAAAUUUUGGCUCGUGCUGCCGAAAAAGGUGGCCCUGGAAAUUCCAAUACAAUUGAAACCGAUCGAUUUUGGUCUGAUUA